GAUAAAAAGUUCCAUCAAAUAUCAAAUAUUCGACGGUAAAAUUGUCGAAUAGUACCGCUAUUUGGUUAAAUUAAAACAAAAAAUAUUAAAAAAUAUUAUCAAAAUAAAAUGUCAUCUGAGGAUAAUAUGGCGGCCGAUCAGAUACAAAUUUUGCCUAAUAUUAAUCCUAAUUCUACGGACCCUAACAACUGGGAUAGCACUUUGCUUGGGGGCUUCGAUAAGGCGAAAUUGACUUCCUAUUACCGUAAGACGACGAUCGACGGUGAAGUUAUCCGAUAUACUUGCAAGUACUGCUGUUUUCCCAUUGAUGUGACGAGCACAUCCCUAAAAAAUUUGGCCCAUCACCUGAAGGAGAAGCACGGAAUCGAAGGAAAGAGGUCACAGACAAAUUAUGAAGAGGAAGAUGUCAACAUUUCGCUUAACCCUAAAACCGGGGUGAUCACCGCUGUUCCUAAUUUCACCCCAUCCCGAAAAACAUCUCUGGUUUGGAAGUUCUUUGUUGGACUGGACAAACUUUAUGUGAAAACUUUCACUUGGAAUUAUUUCACCUACGACGAAUCCACCGACUCUGCCACUUGUCGUUUAUGUGAUUACGUCAUUCACAACAUCAACAAGAACAACAACAGCAACAACAACAGCAACAACAACAGCAGCAACAACAACAUCAACAACAACAACAAUAAUAAACUGAUCAAACACCUGAUGACUGCACACAUCAUCGACGUUAAGGAUGAUUUCAAAAAGCUCAAUGAAUGCCUGAAAAACAACAACAACAACAACAACAACAACAAUAGAAGCAAAAAUGAUGAUAAUGAUUAUUUUGGCGGUAGUUUCAUUGUAACAAAUUGUACUGAUGGCUAUGGUAUCUACGGUGAUUAUGAUAAUGAUGUUAAAUACUCCACGAAAUCAAGUUACCAGACGAGGCCUAGGACGUCGUACGUCUGGGGCCAUUUCAGGAAAAUAAGUCUAGACUGGGCCCAAUGCACUCACUGCGGCCUAAAAACUCAACCAGAGAUCCUAAAACCUGGUAAAAUUUCGACUGCACCAACCAAAAUUAUGACCAGGAGGAGCGUGAAAAUGAUGAAAAAUAAUAAGAAUAAUAAUAAAAACUGUGGUGAUGAUGAUGAUGAUGAUGAUGCUGUUGGUGGUGGUAAUGAUGAUAGUCUCUAUUAUACGGUAGACGAGUUGAACGGCAGCGAGAAGAAAGUCUUCCUGAAUUCAAUUGUUAAAAAUUCUCAGAAAUCCAAACGAGACACCAGCAGCAAAAACAAAUCAAGCGACUUCAUCUACUACAACGACGACGACGACGAUGCUGUUGAUGAUGAUGAUAAUGAUGCCAACAUCGACGACGAUGAUGAUUAUGAUCAUAAUAAUGAUGAUGAUGAUGGUGGUGAUGAUUGUGAUGACGAUGAUGACGUCAAACUCAAUAGUGUUGGCAGUGAUGUUAAAAGUUUUGCCAGGCUAAGAGCAGGCAAAAGAACUGAGAGCAUUCUCUACGUGAUGAACAAGAUGGCAGAGGAAUGGAGGUCCGACUACUUAAGCGAGGUGGCCAUGCUGAAGAGGUGCCUGGCUAAGAAGGUCAAGAUCAUCAAAGAGUUACAAAACGAAGUAAAAUUACUCAAUGGAAUCUUAAAAUCGAAGAGCCGCGAUUACAGCAGACAGGCGAGAACCUUGCACGAAGCUAUUCAAAGGAUCGAAAUGAUGAAUGAAGUAACCCCUCAGAAGAUAGAUCGACAACAACUACAUUGCAACAACAACAACAACAAAUCCACACCAUCGUCAUUAAGCGCGUCCGCAAUAAAACCCAAAAAAAUUUUUACAAUCAACAACAAACACAUCGCUAAAUAUAACAACAACAGCAGCAACAACAACAAUAACAACAAUAAUAAUAAUGACAAUAAUAAUAGUAACAAAAGAAUUAUCAACAUAAAACCAAGCAACAUCAAUACUAUCAUAAAGAACAAUAACGCU